GCGGCGGGUCUGGCUGGCGGCUGCGGGCGGGAGCGUAUCGCUCAGUGUGCACGUGUGGAGAAACAGCGGCCCCGGCAGACACACGGCUGUGCUCGCCUCUCGCGGCCUCCGUCACCCGCUCAGUUCUCUGCCUUAGGCGAGGAGGCCGGCUGGUGGGCUUGAGUGGCCGAGUUGAGGGCGCGGAGAGCUGCGGGCGGCGGCGACGGCGGCGUUGAUAUUGGUGGUAACGACGGCCUCAGCAGGCGGGGAAGAUGAAAGGUAGCCGGAUCGAGCUGGGAGAUGUGACACCACACAAUAUUAAGCAGUUGAAGAGAUUAAACCAGGUCAUCUUUCCAGUCAGCUACAAUGACAAGUUCUACAAGGAUGUGCUGGAGGUUGGCGAGCUAGCAAAACUUGCAUAUUUCAAUGAUAUUGCAGUAGGUGCAGUAUGCUGUCGGGUGGAUCAUUCACAGAAUCAGAAGAGACUUUACAUCAUGACACUAGGAUGUCUGGCACCUUACCGAAGGCUAGGAAUAGGAACUAAAAUGUUAAAUCAUGUCUUAAACAUCUGUGAAAAAGAUGGCACUUUUGACAACAUAUAUCUGCAUGUCCAGAUCAGCAAUGAGUCAGCAAUCGACUUCUACAGGAAGUUUGGCUUUGAGAUUAUUGAGACAAAGAAGAACUACUAUAAGAGGAUAGAGCCCGCAGAUGCACAUGUGCUGCAGAAAAACCUCAAAGUCCCCUCUGGCCAGAAUGCAGAUGUGCAAAAGAUAGACAACUGAACAAAUUACAAAUGAACUUUCUUGCACUUGCUUGUCGCCAAAUAAAAGAGGCCCAUUGAUUUCCCCCUCUUUCUUUUAAAGCUUUCCCCUCCUCCUCAUCCUUGUUUCUCUUUCUUUCUUCCCCUUCCCUCUAAAAGUUUUAAUACUUUCAAGGACUUUAGAAAUCAUGUUUGGAUUGUUUUAGUUUUCUGAUUUUUGUGAGAUGGUUUGAUUGAAGGAAGGAAAAGGUAUAGAUCUGUUUAGUUUCACAGUUCAGAUAUAUGGUCCCAAAAUUUUGGGUGUUAAAUAAUUUUAGAUUUUUUAGCUGAUUUUUUUAAUGUCCUGCUUUCACAUUGAAAGGCAGAGCCUACAAAAUAUUGUAUAUUUCAAAAGACAAGAAGCAGCAGCAGCAGCAAUAUCUUGUUUUCUAAUUCAUAGACAAGUUUAGUGUGUUUGUGGUACUUUGGGUUUUUAAAGACUUUGUGGGAUACUAAUCCCUAGACAUUGCCUUCACUCCACCUUUAGUCCUUCUGAGCACUGUCUCUGGAAUUGGACCAUUGUUAUCCUUGUAAGAAAUACUAAGCUUAUUUUGUUUUUUUUGAGCAAUUAUUUCCUUUCUUCCUGUUGCUGGUUGAGGGUGGGUGGGGCAGUUUGGGUAGGUAGUGUUCUAUAUUUUGGUCUCAGUGUUUGAGUUAAAUUGCUUUUUGCUAAUGAGUGGGCUGGUUGUUAGCAGGUUCGUUUUUCCUGCUACUGGUUGUUAGUAGUGGCAUUAACUUUUAGAGUGUGGGCUGAUGAGAUUACUUUUUUUUUCCCAAAUGUCCCAGCUAGAGAUAAGGGCCUUUAACUGGCCUAAAGAGGUUUGUUGUGAUUUACUUUUUUCUCUGGUCCUUUUUCUUCAUUAAACCAAACAAUAGUUUGUCUAACUUUAAAAAUGGAGUUGAUGUUCCAUAAGUCAAUACCCUUAAGUAAACCUGAAGCAGGUGUUUUCUCCUGAACAUAUUAAAAAGUUCCUAAAAGGAAACUUUGAUGGACUUGUGGCACAAUAAAUGCAUUUAAUGUCAGCUAGUGCAGACUGCUAACUAAACCUGUGGCCACUAAGUGUUUGAUUAUAUAGGAAAGACUAUCUAGACAGUAUUUUUCGAAAUAACAUAGCUGUGCUAUUGCUUAUCUGUUGGAGAACAUCCCAGAUUUGCUUAACACUCUGUGCCUACAAUGUUGAGUUUAAGGAUUUGGAGAAGGGUGGGAUUGUUAAACAUAAUGCUUGUAGGAAAAGUAGUUUAGAAGUGUUGAUGCAAAUGUCACUGUGACCUGCUCCACUGACCAGACUGGUUUAUGCCAGAUUAUUUUCUGGUAUACAGGAAAUGGCUUUGACGGGUUGAUAACUUACUGUAACAUGGGAGACAUCUGAAAUUGUCAUAAUCCAGUCUCCAAUGUUUUAAAUUUUUUACAUUGCCAAUACUGAUAGCCCAACAAAUGUUCUCAUUAGACUUUAAAACAGCACAUAGGGCUUGAAUUUUCUGUCAUUUGACUUUAAAAGGAAGAGUGAUUCAUAAUGUUUAUCCUCUUAUAUAAAAUUCUGGUAUAAAAGCCUCAUCUCUUCAAACAUUAAAUGACAAAAAGAUUUUACAGAAUGUUUAUGCACAAUUUUAUAAUCCUAAGUUCUAAGAAUGUGAAAGUACAAUAGACUUCAACAGUCUUAUUGAGUGCCAAGAAUAAUACAGAAAAGGAAGAUAGUUGAUGAAUGAGUAUAUAUGGGUGUAAUCUUAAGAUAGUAAAAAUGUAGAAAGACCACACUGGUUUCUUGAGUAUUGGUUUCUUAAGCAGUCCAAAUCUUAGGAGGAAGGUUUAGCAUUAAGCACCUUUAACCUUCAUGGGUAACCUGCUUGCUCUUGCUGAGAGAAGAGUGCUUGAGUUACAGAAAGCAUAAUUAGUUUUGGAGAACUCAGCCUUUUUCUAAACUUCCAGGUAUCAAAAUAGAUUUUGAUGUGUAAAUUGAGUUUUCUGAGAUGACACUGCCUCUAUUUCUAUAACCAUUUUACCUGGACUAUCUAAUCAGUCCUAUGAAUGUAGCCCUAAAUGUGGUUAUUGGAAACAGAAUAGCUGCCUUAUGACAAUUAAGUACAUGUUAUUUAAGGAGGGAAAAAAAUUAAAUUUUGAAAUGAGUGUGUAGGCUCCUUAUCAUUAUAGAAUUUUUUUCCACACUAGUCAGUGGCUUAACCUAAGUUGUAAAUGUAAAUUCUGCUACAUCAAACUUGUAUUAAAUAAUUCUAUCCACUUAUGGAGGAGGAGGGAGAUAUGGAGGAGGUAGAAGCUGGGCCCUAGUUCAUAUGCCUGUGAGUCAGUAAAUACUGAAAUAGUGUCCAUGUUGAGUUAUUUUGAUAUAUGAUAAAAAUUAUCUUCUUUGAGGUAAAACAAUAAUUGUAUUAAGUGUAAAAACACAGAAUAUGCCCAUCAUAUUUUUCAGGACAUAUAGUUUUUACUGUGGGGUGACUAGGUAAAAAUUACACUGUGUGGUAUUGCAUUUAGGUUCUAGAGAAAAGAAUCUGCAGAGAAAUCUAUGCAAUAUAUAAUUUGUUCAGAUUAGUUUUCAUUUGGGGAAGGAAGUUGUGAAAUAUCUCCAGGGCAGUUUACUCAUCAAUUGAAAGUCCUCCAAAAAACAGAACUAUUGGGAAACCAUGGUGUGUGGUGGUGGAAAAGAAAAGCUCCCUCAGUUUUUUGGAGGGAAUAACUUCAAAAAUACUUAAAUGGCUAAGUUUACUUGAUGCAGUUAAGAAUUAAACUUGUCAAUUUUAACAUUGCUGUUAUAUCUGAAAUAAACUUACGUGAUGUUCUGGUAGUGAUCUGUGAUGUCUGGUAAAUGUCAAAGAACACAGUGCAUUGUGUUGACUUCUGUAUUUCGGGUCAGCUAUACAUAGUCAUUAUCACUCAUAAUGUUUUAUUUACUUUUAUAUUUCUUUAAGAUCUAACUCAAAAUUCAUUAAAAUAGGCCAACUGGAAUCAAGACUUCCUAAUUCAGACCUUUUGAAACUCGGUAGAUACGCUACCCAAUUUUUCAGGUCAUUUUUCUGAAGGGAAGAAGAUGACUCCAUGUCUGCUGGUUUUCAUAUCUAACCAAAACUUAUUUUUUAAAAAAUAACUACACUAUAAUUGUAUACUACAUAUUUGGUUUUAUGAGGCUUUUUUCUCACAAAUGCUGCGUAGUAAAACUUAAGUACAAAUGUUAACUACAUAUAUAAUCUAAAUUUCCUCUAAAAUUUUUAAUACUCUUUGAUCUUGAUACUCUCACAUACAAAAUAGAGAAUAUAAUAAAUAGCACCUACCUCAGAUUUGUCAAGAUUAAAUGAGGUAGUUUGCAUAUAAAAUUCUGAAACGCAGAAGAUGGCACUAGUAAGUACCCUAAAAGUUAGCUUUUAAUACCUUUAAUACAGUCCCAAUAAGAGAGAAGAAAACAAGAUCCAAAGAGCUACCCUAAUGCUGUAUUUUGUAUAUCAGUGUUAAAAUCACCUAACAGGCCAUGAUUAGUAGUGUGCUUUGGCGAUAGAUAAUGUAUAUUCAAAUUUUUCUUUUUGUUAGUCAUGAAGGAGGAGUUCCAUAGAUAAGUGAGUUUGGAAUGUUUCUGAGUUUUUCCUGAAUAUCAAACAAACAUGAAUUUAAUUUUUUGUCCUUAACAAAAUAUCUAUUAGUCAAAACUGUUAGAAUUCUGUGUAUUCCACUCAAGAAAUAAUGGGUAGUCUUCGCCUAACAUUUAAAACAAAGGGCCUAGCUUGGGAACAUUCAAGAUUUGAAGUAAUCUGGAUUAAAAAUUGAGAGUGUGUGUCUUAGCCUGGGUUCUAUAGAGAAGCAAAACCAGUUAAGUGUAUGUAUAUAUGUAGAGAGAGAUUUAUAUCAAGG